CCUCUCUUCUUCACCCACCCCUUCUUUUUCCCACUCCCUUUUCACUGGGAGGCUUGGAUGUUCUGCCACCGGGCCUUGGUCCAGCGCGCAGCCAGGAGGGGGCGGGUGCAGGGGGGCACUGUGACAGGAAGCUGCGCGCACAAGUUGGCCAUUUCGGGGGCAAAAUAACUUCUCCCUUGGAUUUGGAAAGGACAAAGCCCGCAAGCUACCUCUUUUGUGUCGGAUGAGGAGGCUAAACCAUGAGCUGGAGCCCGGGUGCAGGCUCAGCCACCACCGCUGCCACCACGGUCAGCUCCAGUCCCCGCCAGGAGUUGGCAGUGCGAGGAAUUUGGUGACAGGCCCUGUUAGUCUGUCCCUCCCUUAUUUGAAGGACAGGCCAAACAUCCAAGAAAUGAGAGAAGAGGACUAGCUGGCUCCAUCCAUUGAUCCACCAAGAGGCACAGAGACAGGAUCCAUGAAGAUGUUGACAAGACUCCAAGUACUUACUGUAGCUUUGUUUUCAAAGGGAUUUUUAUUAUGUUUAGGGGACCAUAACUUUCUGAGGAGGGAAAUUAAAAUUGAAGGUGACCUGGUCUUGGGGGGCCUAUUUCCUAUUAACGAAAAAGGCACUGGGACUGAAGAGUGUGGCCGGAUCAAUGAAGAUCGAGGGAUCCAACGUUUGGAAGCCAUGUUGUUUGCCAUUGAUGAAAUCAACAAGGACAAUUAUUUGUUGCCAGGAGUAAAGUUGGGUGUUCACAUUUUGGAUACAUGCUCAAGGGAUACCUAUGCAUUAGAGCAAUCACUGGAAUUUGUCAGGGCAUCUUUAACUAAAGUGGAUGAAGCUGAAUAUAUGUGUCCUGAUGGAUCCUAUGCCAUUCAAGAAAAUAUCCCACUACUCAUUGCAGGAGUCAUUGGUGGCUCUUACAGCAGUGUUUCCAUACAGGUGGCAAAUCUUCUACGCCUCUUCCAGAUUCCUCAAAUAAGCUAUGCUUCCACCAGCGCCAAACUCAGCGACAAAUCGCGCUACGACUACUUCGCCAGGACAGUGCCACCCGACUUCUACCAGGCCAAAGCCAUGGCCGAGAUCUUGCGCUUCUUCAACUGGACCUAUGUGUCCACUGUGGCCUCGGAGGGGGACUACGGGGAGACCGGGAUCGAAGCCUUCGAGCAGGAAGCCCGCCUGCGCAACAUCUGCAUCGCCACGGCCGAGAAGGUGGGCCGCUCCAACAUCCGCAAGUCCUACGACAGCGUGAUACGCGAGCUGCUGCAGAAGCCCAACGCGCGCGUGGUCGUGCUGUUCAUGCGCAGUGACGACUCCCGGGAGCUCAUCGCCGCCGCCAGCCGCGCUAACGCCUCCUUCACCUGGGUGGCCAGCGACGGCUGGGGCGCGCAGGAGAGCAUCGUCAAGGGCAGCGAGCACGUGGCCUAUGGCGCCAUCACCCUGGAGCUGGCCUCGCAGCCAGUGCGCCAGUUCGACCGCUACUUCCAGAGCCUCAACCCCUACAACAACCACCGCAACCCCUGGUUCCGGGACUUCUGGGAGCAGAAGUUCCAGUGCAGCCUCCAGAACAAGCGCAACCACCGGCGCCUCUGCGACAAGCACCUGGCCAUCGACAGCAGCAACUACGAGCAGGAGUCCAAGAUCAUGUUCGUGGUGAACGCCGUCUACGCCAUGGCCCAUGCACUGCACAAGAUGCAGCGCACCCUCUGUCCCAACACCACCAAGCUCUGUGACGCGAUGAAGAUCCUGGACGGGAAGAAGCUGUACAAGGAUUAUUUACUGAAAAUCAACUUCACGGCUCCAUUCAACCCAAACAAAGGUGCAGAUAGUAUCGUCAAAUUUGACACUUUUGGAGAUGGAAUGGGCCGAUACAACGUGUUCAAUUUUCAGUAUGGGAACGGCAAGUAUUCCUACUUGAAGGUUGGUCAUUGGGCCGAAACCCUGUCACUAGACGUGGACUCCAUCCACUGGUCUCGGAACUCAAUCCCCACCUCCCAGUGCAGCGACCCCUGUGCCCCCAAUGAAAUGAAGAACAUGCAACCAGGCGAUGUCUGCUGCUGGAUCUGCAUCCCCUGUGAGCCUUACGAAUACCUGGCGGAUGAGUUUACCUGCAUGGAUUGUGGCCCUGGGCAGUGGCCCACUGCAGACCUCUCUAGCUGCUAUGACCUGCCUGAGGACUACAUCCGGUGGGAGGAUGCCUGGGCCAUCGGUCCAGUCACGAUAGCCUGCCUGGGUUUUAUGUGCACAAGCAUUGUUGUCACUGUUUUUAUCAAGCACAAUAACACCCCCUUGGUGAAAGCUUCAGGCCGGGAACUCUGCUACAUCUUGUUGUUUGGCGUUGGGCUCUCAUACUGUAUGACCUUCUUCUUCAUUGCCAAGCCGUCACCAGUCAUCUGCGCCUUGCGCCGGCUAGGCCUGGGGACCUCCUUUGCUAUCUGUUACUCAGCCCUGCUGACUAAGACAAACUGCAUUGCCCGCAUCUUUGAUGGGGUCAAGAAUGGCGCCCAGAGGCCAAAAUUCAUCAGCCCCAGUUCUCAGGUCUUCAUCUGCCUGGGUCUGAUACUGGUGCAAAUUAUUGUGGUGUCUGUGUGGCUCAUUCUGGAGGCACCAGGCACCAGGAGAUACACCCUUCCAGAGAAGCGGGAAACAGUCAUUCUAAAAUGCAAUGUCAGAGAUUCCAGCAUGUUGAUCUCCCUUUCCUACGAUGUGCUCCUGGUGAUCUUAUGCACUGUGUAUGCCUUCAAAACGCGGAAGUGCCCAGAGAAUUUCAAUGAAGCCAAGUUCAUUGGUUUUACCAUGUACACCACAUGCAUCAUCUGGCUGGCCUUCCUCCCUAUCUUUUAUGUGACAUCUAGUGACUACAGAGUGCAGACAACAACCAUGUGCAUCUCUGUCAGCCUGAGUGGCUUCGUGGUUCUGGGAUGUUUGUUUGCACCCAAAGUGCACAUUGUCCUCUUUCAACCCCAGAAGAAUGUGGUCACACACAGACUGCACCUCAAUAGGUUCAGUGUGAGUGGAACUGGGACCACAUAUUCUCAGUCUUCUGCCAGCACUUAUGUUCCGACGGUGUGCAACGGGCGAGAAGUCCUGGACUCCACCACCUCAUCUCUGUGAUUGUGAAUUGCAGUUCAGUUCUUGUGUUUUUUAGACUGUUAGACAAAAGUGUUGUGUGCAGCUCCAGAAUAUGGAAAAAAAGCAAAAGAACAACCUUAGUACCUUUUUUUUUAGAAACCGUACAAUAAAUUAUUUUUGAGGACUGUACAGUAAAUAGUGAUAUGCUAGAACUUUUUAGACUGGUUUUAGUGCUCUGAUUACUAAUAAUUCCCUAGAACAUGGACAUAACCAUUGUUUACAGAGCUGAGCAGUGGUGACAAGGUCUGACAGGGUCAGUCUACUAAA